AUGCCGAAAGCAGAGAUAGGUUCCACGAAGCAUCUGAACAACAAGCUUAAGUCCAAAGGACUGCAGCGCCUACGAUGGUACUGUCAAGUCUGCGAGCGCCAAAUGCGCGAUGAAAAUGGCUUUAAGAUGCACACGCAGUCCGAAGGACACGUCCGGGCGAUGCUCCUCGUCGGUGAAAAUUCCAAGAAGUUCAUCGCCGGCUACAGCAACGAUUUCCAACGGGACUUUCUUCAGCUACUGCGAACAUCCCACGGCGAGAAGAGGGUCAAUAUGAACCAUUUCUAUCAGGAGUACAUUCACAAUAAGGAGCAUGUGCAUAUGAACGCGACGAAGUGGCCUUCUUUGACCGAGUUUGCGAAGUUUCUUGGGAGGGAGGGCCUGUGCAGAGUCGAGGAUGAUGAGAAGGGACUGCACAUUGCGUGGAUAGAUAACUCGCCCGAUGCGCUGAGGAGGGCAGAUGCUAUUCGGAAGAGGGAGAGACUGGAUAGGGGUGACGAGGAAAGAGAACAGGCUCAGAUUCGCGAGCAAGUUCGGAAGGCGGAAUUGGCUGCAGAGGGCAGAGGCAACAACCAGCAGGAGAACGCCGAGAAGGAGCUGAAGCGCCCAGACGUAGGGAAGGUGAAGUUGAGCUUUGGGACAAAACUCACUGCCCCGAAAGCAGAGCCAGUUCCGGAAACAAAUGACGGCUCGCCUUCUACAACAAGUGCCCAGGAUAGUGGAGGAGUGGACAAGAGCCCCGAGAAUGGUAUUGAGGCACCUGCAGAGACUGUUGCGCCUACUGCAGCGCCAGCUAAGAUUUCUAUGAAAAUGGGAGCCUCAAUCAAGCCUAAGAAUGUCUUCGCAGCCGCAAAGAAGAAUGCCCUUGGUGGUAAAAAAGCCGCCAUUAUCGAGCAACCCAAGAAGAUGGGCGAAGCCGAGCGCAUUAUGCGAGAGGAAAUGGAGCGCAAGAACAAACGAGGACCGCCUGGAUUCGGUCCACCGCAGAAGAAGCAGAGGUUCUAG